AUGAGCGCAAAUUCACAGCAGACAUCGCCGACGGGGUCAGAGCACCGGAGCCACGAGUCGGAAGUUGCGGAAGAUAUUGAACAGCCAGGACUCGAUGUCCUAUCCCUUUCGCGCGCUGUGAGAAAACGAAGAGCCGAAUACACGCGGAAACAGAGCAUUCGAGUUAAAAUCGGCACUUGGAACGUUGCCUCGAUCUCCGGCACCGAAAAGGACAUUGGGAAGUGGUUCGUCAAAGGCGAAGGGGUGUGCGAGAAGCUCUCUGGGUCGAAGUCUGCCCAAGGAGAAAGCCUAGACUCAACCGACAGCAGAAAUGAAAGGGCUACAGAGAGUGACAAGUCAGGCCCCUUUCAUUGCAGCCCUGAGGAGAUCGAUCUUUACGUUCUAGGGCUGCAAGAAGUUGUCGAUAUCUCCUCCCCAACAGAAGCAUUACGCCCCUAUACGGAUUCGGCACCAUCUAAGAGAUGGAAGGAAGCGGUACAAAGUACACUGCCCCAGGGAUAUAAGCUAGUCUCUGAGAUUCAGCUGAUUGGACUCUUACUUCUUAUCUAUGCAUCGCCUGCAAUUGACGAGAGCAUCUCGUCUGUCAGCAGCACUUCGGUUGGCACAGGAUUGAUGGGUUACAUGGGCAACAAGGGUGCCGUGGCAACACGCCUGGUGCUGGGCGAGACUACCCGUUUGGUCUUUGUGAAUUCCCAUCUGGCAGCGGGAUCCGACAAAAAUAGUCUUGAGCGUCGCAACUGGGAUUCUUCACAGAUUGUGCAGCGCACUCGGUUUGAGCCAAUUGAGUCCGAUAUCGGUGCAUCUGAUGAGUCGGGUGAUACUAUCGGCGAUGAAGAUUUCAUUUUCUGGUUUGGUGACCUCAAUUAUCGCCUCGAUGAUAUUCCUGGUGAAGAUGUGCGUCAAGUGCUCGCCCGUCACACUGUUAAUGCAUACGAUCAAGCGCGCCAGGCGAAACAGGCUGCAGCUCCAGAUCAAGACUCAGCCUCAGCCUCGACCAGCGAUUCUGAAGAUCAGCCGCCUUCAUCUCAUCUCGAAGAAGAGGCCAUGAAUCCUGUCACCGAUGAAGAUAUCGAUCCUCACAAUGACCCGGCUUCUCUUCAAACUACAAUAUCUUCUCUGCUUCCGCACGAUCAACUGCGACUCCAACAAAGAAAGGGAACAGCUUUCCACAAAGGAUGGCGGGAAGGCCAUAUUUCCUUCCUACCGACGUACAAGUAUGACGUUGGAAGCGUGGCCACGUUUGACUCUAGCGAAAAGCAUCGUGGGCCUAGCUGGUGUGAUCGUAUCCUAUAUCGUACUCGCCGGGACAAGCUGAAACAUGAGCAGCUAGAUCAAGAAGCCGAAGAAUCUCGGAAGAGGGACGAGGAGAUGAAGGCGCGUGGGCUGGACAAGGCUGCCGCUGACGACAAUGUUUUGUUUGAAUAUGACCCUGACACCGACGGUGCGCAGAGCGGUGACGAGUACGUCUCGGACGAGGACCAAGGCGACGAUGAUGCUGUUUCGGUUGCGUCGCAUGAAUCGCAAGAUCCAAUUCGUCUAGAUCAAUAUAUAUCCCACCAGGGUAUCCUCUCAUCGGACCACAAGCCGCUAGAUGGGAUCUUCACUAUGACUUUCGAUGCGGUGAACUCGCAACUCAAGGCCAAGGUACAUCAAGAGGUAGCGCGCGAGUUGGAUAAGGCCGAGAAUGAGGCGCGACCGGGUCUUACUGUUGUGGUGGACAAAUAUGGCAGCGAGAAACACGGGGAACAAGAUGAGAAUGCUGUCGACCUCGGGGAAGUCGCCUUUCAUCACCCUGUUCACCGAUCCCUGACCAUUGCCAACACAAGCGGUACCUCGGCCACAUUUUCGUUCGCAGAGCAGCAUACUGAUACCGAGAGGCCUGAUUGGCUUGACAUCCAUGUGACAAGAUCAUCCGAAAGCACCUGUCACGAGGGUAAAGCCAUUGCUUCUUCAGCUGGAAGCCAUACUCUGCACCCCGGGGAAGUGGCAAAUGUUGAUAUCACAGCCCACGUCCAUGAUAUCGAGCAUGUCAGGCUGCUCAACAUCAAAAAGGUCAAGCUAGAGGAGAUUCUAGUUCUCCACGUGGAUAGUGGCCGCGAUCAUUUCAUUUCUGUAAUCGGGAAGUGGCUGCCUACUAGCUUUGGCUGCACGAUUGACGAAUUGACCUGUAUGCCAGAAGAAGGUGCUCGUACUUUGGUCAAAACAGACAAGCCCCAUCCAUCCAGCACAGACAAAGCCCCCGAAGUCCGCUUAUCAGCACCCCGAGAGCUGUUCCGGUUGACAGAAGCAAUUUCUGAGCUGACAGAACGCGCCGUGGCGGAAUGGAGCAUGACCAAUGGUGAAACCGAGGAGCAUAAAGCACCUUGGACAAGAGAACCCUCAGGCACAGCAUGGCCUUUCCAGCCAGAUACAUGGACUUUCAAGGACCCACAGGAGCGUGCUGCGCAGCAGGCCUUGGUUCACGAAGCCCUGGACACCAAUGGUUCUCUCACUUCUGUCUUUGCCCCGGAGAUUUCAUCUCUCCACCGCUUGGAAAUCCUCUCCGAAACCCUUCUUACCUUCCUCAACUCACUUAAAGAUGGCAUCGUCACUGCGCCAGUAUGGCAAGAUAUGGAACAACAAAUGAUCGCACGCGAGAAAUCAAAGGCACCGCCUUUGAACUGGGAAGAAACUCAGGCUUGGGUACUCGAAAACCUAGCAUACUCCCCCGCACACAGCGUCUCAUUCACAUUUGUCACCUUUAUGCUUGCUCGUAUCGCCAAUGAGGUAGCCCCCGUGCCAUCGAUUACCGCGAGACCAGUUUCUUCUUCGUCUAAACACGGAAAGACAGAGCAUGCAUCUAAAGAUCCAGCAGCGAAAGAAUCCGAAUUAGCGGAGCUACAAUCUCCCACGCCUGCUUCUGCUUCUGGUUUCAUCACUGGCGGCACAUUCCGUCGCAAGAACCGCUCUACCAGCACCUCCACGACUGCCAGCCCUGACCCGUUGAUCUCCAACCCUGCUGCGGCGCGCAGACAAUUAGUAGAGACGGCCCUUUCAUCCAUUUUUGCACGCGUACUUGUUUCUGCUACCGCCCCGCUGCCAGCUAAGGAGAAAGAACGCCGUGUAUCUGAGGAUCGCAGACGGGCAAUCAUCGAACCCUUCUUGAAAAUGAUUGGAGUGGAUGAUCGGGGUCCAUCGGGGGGUCGUUGA